GGAAGAGCUGCGCUGUGGAGAAUUGGACUGCGGAGCCGCUGUGCUGGAUGCCAUUGUUCUGAGUAUUUCCAAGACUUUUAUUUCUGCAAUUUCUGACUUCAUGGAAAUAGUCAUGGUUUCCCAGUUUUUUUUUCCAGCAAGGAAGAUCGUUGGAUAACAAUGUCCCAGAACAGGAUCCCUGGAAGUUCAGGAUAUGCUUUAAUUGGUGAUAAAUCACUCGAUUUCUACAAGGAUCCUGUGCAUUUCUGCAAUAGCCGAAUUCAUAGCUUUGGAAGCAGAAUUUUCCAAGCACGUCUCCUGAACAAGCCAACAAUAUUUGUGUGUUCUGUGAAAGGGAUGAAAGAAAUGCUAUGUGAAAAGGUCAAUUGCUUUGAAGCAUCCUACACUCCUUCUAUGUGUAAGCUGUUUGGAGAUGUCAUCUGCUUCACUCAUGGAGAAGAGGCACAGUUAUUGCGAUUGUCACUAAUGCAGUUGUUUAACAACAAAGCACUUGAAAUCCAUAGAGAUUAUGUUAACAGAGUAUGUACAAGGAAUUUGAAGGACCUUGAACAAUGCAGAGAGCCGGUUGCGAUUUACGGAAUGUUCAAACGACUGGCUACGGAACUUGUACUAGGAAUUUUUCUAAACGUUGAUGCAGAGGAAUCUGCAGCAUUCUUCAAACAGAUUACGGAGCUUUCAACACAGCACUGGCAUGGACUGAUCUCUGCUCCUGUGAAUGUGAAAGUGUCGGCAUGGUCGUCAGGAUUUUCUCAGGCUCUUGAAGCGAAAGAAAAGCUCCUUAACAUGAUCAAUGACCGUCUCAGGAGUGAGAAUGAAGGCUUCGUCUCCAAAAUGAAGGACGUACCAUUCCCAGAAAACUGCAGUGCUGCACAGCAUCUCCUACUCUUUAUUUCAGCACUAAUUCCCAAGGCACUUGCAUCACUGUUGACUUCCUUUACAAUUGAACUUGCUGGAUCAAACAAGGCUCAUGUUCGUAAAUGUGCACAAGAAAAUGAAACUUUCUUGGACCAUGUACUACUGGAAGUAGAAAGACUUUGGCCAUCCUUUAUUGGUGGACGAAGAGUUGCAAAGCAGGACACCACACUUUGUGGCUACACUGUUCCAAAAGGGAUGCAAGUAAUGUUCGUAGCUUUUGCUGUCCACAGAGACCCUGAAAUCUUUGCUGAUCCUGAUGAGUUCCAACCAGAGAGAUGGUCUGGAAGAAAUGCUGGCCAAGAAACACUGCUGUGCUGCUUUGGAAAUGGUUCUAGAAACUGCAUUGGUAUUGGCUUGAACGACAUGAUACUGAAGACAGCUGUUGGGUACUUGCUGAAUAAUUACUGCUGGGAAAUGGAUCCUCCAACUCAAUCACUGCAUUACAAAUGGCUCCCUGUCACCCGGCCUUGUGAAGACCUCAAAAUGAAGUUCACGCUGUGUUCCUACAAAAGUCAGUGCUCUUCCUCAACUCCUGAAUGUUCAGCACAUCAUGAAAGAUCUGUGUGAUCAUUGCACUCCAGCAGUCUACCGUUGACAAGAGAUGAAACUGAGUUGUACUUCAGGGAGAGUUUUUUAAUCAUUGUUCUCAUAUUGUCUAAAUCUGUGUAACACUUUUCUUCAAUAUUGUUGAAAGAAAGACUAAGGAAUAUAUAUAACCACUGUCUUAAAGAUAUUUUCGCAGUAAACUUAAUAAAACAGUUUUG